GGGCUGGAAGUCGUGCUGAUGGUGAAAUACGUUCCUACAGCUGACAUUUUGGGGAAGACUCGUGGAGGUGGCGGUGUGUGGCAUUUGCACGUGUCGCCAAAGCUGGGAAGCAGACCGAUGGGUGCGGCCGCAGCGCGUGAGGCAGCGCAAGUUACAGGAGGGCGCAGUCCCCUUUUUUAGUAACACUCAGCGGUAUCGAUCUUGAGCCCUCUGGGAAUGUUAAAGGACGGAGUCCAACAACCUCUCUUAACUAACACCGCUUCGUCACUCCCUCCCAGAGGAAAUAUUCGGAUCUGCCUCAUCUGAGGAAACAUCUUGUUCCCAAUGUCAGGGUUGUCAGGGUGGCAUACUCGUUCCCAUCCCCACCCGUCCCGAGGAACCUUUACGCCCUCUAGCGAUACACUCAUAGCUGGCGUCAUUCGCUCCACUCAUCUUUAUCCGCGGCAACUCGUCGCCGCCUUUUUCGUUCCCGAUUUCGUCAUAGACACUGAAGGACGCGUUCUCCAACUUAACUCAGAAGAGGAAAAAGGGGCCAUCUACCAGAUUCUCAGUCGUGCUACUUCCGACAAGAUCCCUCUAGCUGGAGGAUACAAUAAUCAGUGGAGGAUUUUCCAUCCGAGGACGGACUUUCCCAUCUACAAACUCAAGAUCCCUAAUACCGAAGCGGGUAAAGUGGAUGUCGUUUCUGUGUAUGGACUGUCAAAGAGCACAAUGACGCUCGAGAAGCUGGUUGGCGGAUACACGGAAUUGCCUGAAGUGCUCCAGGAAGGUUUCACGCUGAUAGACGAAGCCCGCACGACGAGUGCUAAGGGGGAGGGCGAUAGCUCGCUCGCAAGAACUGUCGGAGAUCUUAUCGGUGAACUUUGAAAUGGUGUUUGACGAGGUAGUUUGGCAGAUGAGAAGAGAGUUUUAACACAUCCUUAUUGGUAGAUGACUGGUUGAUAGGCCACCAGACAAGCUGAACCCCAACCAACGAAUGAAAUUGGACCCAUUUGGUGUCUCAUUAUGUUGAUAGUUGUAAGGCAAGAAUCUACUCGACCUUGGCCUGGUGGGCUUCUAAACCACUUGAAAUGUUUCGGGAUCGCGUAAAGGACUUUUACCUCGGGGCAGGAACAGUAAGAGGUUAGAGUUCGCCAACAUGACAUCGAGGCCAUGGCUCAUUGUCCAUCACGGAAAUCCGCGCCAAAGCGCCGAGCAUGGGACGAACCCUCAAUAAGCUG